AUGCAUAUCGCUCCCGCAGAUCCCCGUCUGGCUGAUCUGGAUCCUGACAUCCCAGGGGUCCUUCAGCUGCGGAACGGGUCUGUCUUCAAAGGCAACGUCUUUGACUGCCCUUGCGAUGAGACUCACCGGCAUGGUAUGUUACUCGAAAGAGGAGACGGCUAUUAUGGAAGACAGCAAGAGCGGGAAGAUUCCCUGAAUUUAUUCAAUCAAAGAGAAUACUUCCCUCGCAUGAACAAAAGAAAGGAAAGAAAAAAGACAGAAGAACACAACCUCCAAACAGCUCGCUACCCCACCAUGCACGAGCCAGUGGACAGGAGACAGAUGGCAGAGCGGAAAGCGUUCGGCUCACGAGCUCCGUCCAUGAUUACAUUGCAUGCAGACAUGAACCAAACUAGUAGGUCAGAAGAAAGAACGUAG